UAUGUUUAAAUUUUGUGUAUAAAUACGUAUAUACACAAAUUAUGUGACAUAAUCAUAUACAUGCAUAAAUACAUGUAAUACACAUAUAUAUUUUGAUGUAUCAGUUUACUUUAUGUACUUUAUGUAGUAAUAACACUGGUAAGUCAUGUUACAACCAGCUGCUGCCAGAUUAUUUCGAUGACGCGCAUAUUGUUGAAUAGUAGCGAACCUAGUGUUUGUAUAACGUACUAAAAUAAGAUGGCUGACAUUCACUCUACUAGCUACCAACAGCAUAAUACCCGUAUUAAUUCUCUAAUGAAUUUCUUCCUUAUUUUACGUAAAUAAAUAUCUUAAAUACUCAUCCAUUAGUGUUAUACUAAGUACUGGUAGAAAGAAAUUGAUGUAAUAUACGAUAUUAAACGCAUAUUGAAGAUAAUAGAAAAGUUAAAUUAAACAGUACGUAAAGUAAAAACAUACAUCUGACGUAUUUUUAAAUAUACAUGUAAAAGUGAUUAUUCGUUAAGAGUGAUAGUGUAAAGUGUAUAUUGAUUGUUAAAACAAUGGAAUACGUACUGAUAAAAGACAUACGGCCGGGACAGAAAAACAUUAAUGUAGUGUUUAUUGUUCUGGAAGUUGGUCACCCUACUAUUACCAAAGAAAACCGCGAAGUUCGAACAUUUAAAGUAGCAGAUGGUACAGCAUGUAUGAAUGUUUCAAUUUGGGACGAACCAGGACAGCUUCUUGUACCAGGUGAUAUUGUAAGAUUGACAAAAGGUUAUGCAUCUGUUUGGAGACAAUGUUUAACAUUAUAUUCAGGAAAAAAUGGAGAUAUACAAAAAAUUGGAGAAUUUUGUAUGGUAAUAAAUGAACAAUUGAAUAUGAGUGAACCAAAUCCUGCUUUAGCACAACAAAUGAUUAAUCAAAGUGGAUCUGGUCCACCUGGUAGUAAUAACAAUAGUAUUACAAAUAAUGGAAAUGCAAAUAAUAUUGCUGGUCAACCUGGAAGACAACCAUUAGCAAUUCAAAGUAAUUCAACUACACCUACUAGUGGUACAUCUGGUAGUUCUACAACAACAAAAAGUGGAAAUAAUAAUAAUAGUAAUAGUGGUGGAAAUAGUAGUAAUACCUCAGGACUUCCAGGAGGAUCUGCAAGAUAUUCUGGUGAUUCAACAACAAAAACAACUGUUACACCAAAGACUAAUUCUCGUGGUCGUGGGGGAUACAGAAAUGGUGGACGCAGUGAUCGUAGAUAACAUAUAAAUAAAAAACGUUUAAUUAUAUAUGUGUAAUAAAAAUAUGCGAUUAUAUUUAGGUCAACUGUAAUAUACUGUUUUUCUAACAAUUCUGUAUAUGUAUAUUCAUGAAUUAAUGUAUACGAUAAAUCUUGUUAGAAUAUAUCUUCAUGAAUUGAAGACA